AUGCUUUCCGUUGCGUUUUUCAGGUCUACAAGAUGGCUCACUGGUUGUAGCACGAAUUCGCUGGCCGUAACGUCCGUGGUUCAAACACGACCACUGCUUCUUGACUUCCCAUGUCUAGGUUUGGGUAACCUGGUAGUACCCCAGACCUCGUGCUUCCUUUUGGUGGCAUGGCAGUUAAGCGCCAAAAAGUGGACCCAGAAAUCAAAACGAAAACCUCUGAACCGUCUCCUCGAACAGCUGUCAAACGGUGCGAUAUUAACGGCCACUGGGAGCAGAUAUCUAGUGCUACUCGGAGCUGGAACUCCCGUUUGCGAUAUGACCCUGCCAACCACAUACAAACACUGUCUCUGA